AAUCAUUUCAAGUCAUUUGAUUUCCCAAGUGAGUGAUCGCUGAAUUUGAAUCUCAUUUUAACAAUAGUAUCCUUGUGAUUUACAUUUUCUAAUUUUUGUGCCCUUUUUAACUCAAGGUUAUAUUGAUUAACAUAGAUUCGAUAUUAAGUCAACCCAAAAACAAAUACUGUUACAAGAAAAAAGUGUCGGUCGAUUUAAAAUGGCUUUAGUUGUGGAGAAUAAAAAAAUCCUUGAAUUUUUGGAGCUUGUAGGUCGUUUAAAGCAUGUAAAAAGGACUGGUUGGGUGAUCUGUGACAUCAAUGAAUGUGAGACCAUAGCUGGCCAUAUGUAUCGAAUGGGCAUAAUGACUUUCCUUCUCACAGAAGAGAACAACCCCACAAAGUUAGAUCGCUUUAGGUGUUUGCAGAUUGCUUUAAUCCACGACUUGGCAGAAUGUAUAGUUGGUGACCUGACACCACAUUGUGGAGUAUCCCCUGAAGAAAAGCAUAGGAGGGAGGAUGAAGCUAUGAAAACUAUUGCUGAACUCACAGGAAUAGCUGGAGACAGAAUGUAUGACUUAUACAAGGAGUAUGAAAAUCAAACUUCACCAGAAGCCAAGUUUGCCAAAGAUCUAGAUCGCUAUGAUAUGAUUCUCCAAGCUUUUGAGUAUGAGAAGCGUGAAAAUGCCCCAAAAAAAUUAGAAGAAUUCUUCCAAGCCACAUAUGGAAAGUUUAACCAUCCAUUCAUUCAAGGCCUAGCCACAGAACUUUAUAAGCAAAGAGAGGAAUUUGAGAAGAAAACCCUAGUUAAUGGCAGUACGUAAACUUCGAUUAUUACUUAAAGAACUAUAGGAUUUAAUUUGGUUUGCAUAACAAAUGCAAUAAAAGAUGUUAAAACUAGAUAGAGGCUAACAGUUUCAUAUGUAAACUGCUGAAACUCACAACUUCCAGUAUAGAUAAUCUACUAAACAAUAUAUCUUCUAUCUUCAAAUACCCUGUAAGUAUGUAUUUGCAAAAAACCUCCAUAAUAUGCUAUCUUAACUAAAGUGUGACUGUUUUUUUGAUUUUGUUUAUUAUGUAUUUCAAAUUGAUCUGUAUAUUUGUAGAAUUUCUUAAAUAAGAAAGGUAUUGCAAGAUUUGUUGUUUAGUAAAACAUGUUGAUUUUAUCAAGAAUAUUUGAAGAAAAUUUUACAUUAAUUUAGAACAUACAUAAUCCAUUCAGUAUAUUUUAACAAUCAAGAGAUUCUGUAAUAUGAACCAGAUAAAUGGUUCAACUAAAGAGAUGAUGAUAUUACCAGUCAAUAUAACCAGCGAGGGAACAGAAGUAGAAGAAACAAAAAAUACAUAAUAAAACCUCUACAUGGAUUUGAAAAUAAUCCAAUUUAAUAUCAAAUAAAUUCCAAAGUUGUUUUUUUUUUAUUUCAAUAGAUAUAAUAAAGGGUUAAUUUUGGACAAACCAGUGUAGGGUUUUUACUUUAUUUUGCUUUAUUGAAUUGAUCUUUCUCCACUUUUAUACUUUCAUGAAAUGGUCCUCAGUUAUUUAAAUAUUGCACAAGGUUUAAUAAUUGUACAUUGUUUGUCUUUAAAAGUUAUCUAAUGACAAUGCAUCUAGAUAGGUUUCGUGUUAUAUUCUAUCGCUAAGUGCAAAUAAUACUUACCAUGAUUGAUAAGUGGUUAUACUUAUGAGAUAUUAAUUUUCAGCAUUUUAUACCUAUAUUUUUGUUUUCCAAACUGUAAUAGAUAGUAGCCAGCUAAUUGAUUACAAAUUUUGACACAAAAUUUGAAUAUGUGUCUUUAAUUAAUGCUUAUAAAUGAAGAAAAUUUAAUGCCAAGUAAUAAAAUUUUACCAAAAACACCACAUCAAUGUUUAUCUUGGUUUUCUUUAUAAUAUCUUAGGUUGGAAAAAGAAUUUUAUUUGUGUUUUGGAAGAUGUCUAAUGCAAUUUGUUGCUUGUCGUUUGUGUGAUAUGUCACACAUUCACACAGACACGCCCAUUGAUAAAUUUAAUCAAACUUUUUUAUACCAUCCAAACAAAGCUGGAUUCAAAAGACCAAAUUUUCCCUGUAACUCACAGUUACCAUUAGACCUAACAAAGAACAGCAAUAAAAAAAUUGUGCAAAAAGUCACGACCAAGCUAAUCUAAAAUAGUUUUCCGAUUUGCUUGGCUGACAUGAGAUAUCGAAGAACUAUAUAGUGAGAAAUUAAUAGAUUUUUCUCAAUCCCAAUUAUAAUUUUAAUCUGUCUUAAAGUAUCUAAAAAUAUAUAUUUUGUUUCUCAAGUUAUUUAGUUGUAGGAAAAAAUUGUUACUUAUCUACAGCCAUUUUAAUAGGCCAUGCUUUCGUUGAUAAGUACUCCAAAGAAUACAACUUAAUUUUUAUUAUUGUUGCGUUUUAAUAAUUGACAGAUGUCUUCCUUGUACCCACACCUGUUUCUGUGGGUAUUUAUAGUCUGGCAAGUUUAACACUCCCGUGAUAUGCGGGCGACAGGGGGAAAGACUGCGCAGGUGUGAAAUCGUGCGUGCGGGCAAGUGACGUGAAUCAGUCGUGGAUUUUUAUUCAUUGCUACACGCCCCCCGGCCCGCGCGAAACAUCGUUGUGUUAUGAACGAAGUUACUUUUUAAAGAACCUACUCUUUAAAGAAAAACGUUCAAAAACAUGGUCUAAUUUAUUUGUAUUCUACACCUUGCAACAGUCUAAGUUGGCAUAUUAAAAUGACCGAAGGUUUUUUUUAAUACUUUUUAGCAAUAAAUAUGGAAACAAAUUAUUUUAUUUAGAGCUUAACAUCACAAAACCCUUUAUAAGUUACCUUAGAGUGUAUGCACACAAUUUUUAUGUACUUAUUAAUCUUAACUUUUCUAUUGAUUGUUUUUUACCUUGUAAGAUAUUUUAAUUAUGUUGCACAAUUUAUUAAUUUAACCAAAUUAUUGUAGAAAUAUUAAAAAAAAAGACAAAAUAUCCUCGUAUAAUCUAUAAAUAAUUUUCUAAAAAGUUGUUACAAUAUUGAUAUUACAGUUAUGAUAUUUCUGUAUCUGCUAUACCGAAAUUGGUGCCAUACUUUUUUUGUAAUUUGUGUUGUCCUGUUUUGUGGGAUAAGAGAGACCCGUUUGUGUAGAAACAUUAUAAAUGUAUAGUGAUCAAAUAGUCCAAAUUCAGUGGGAUUGUAUGUAAUAAGUAAUUAUAAUUUGUACACUGAUUUGCAUUGAAAAACGCCUAUUAUAAAUCUAUCUUGUUAAAAUGCUAUGACGUCAGCGAUGUAGUGUUCCUCUUUAUCUCAGAUGAUAAGGAACAAUAUAUGUGUCUCUUUAGCUGUCAAAUUUCCAUAGAUAAAGGAAGACUCAUUUGGCUUGGUAUUUUCGUAACAAUAUCCUGUCCUGUCUGCAUAAAUGUAAGAAAGUUUGUAUACUCUGAGUAUAAAAACUUUAUCCGCCCACUUUAAUAUACUAGCGUCAUAUUAAAGUGGGCGGAUAAUUGUGCCUCUGAGUAUUUUUAUUUACCUACUAGUAUUUUCUUCAUCUUUAUGUAGUUAAACUACCUGAAAAACUGUUGUUUAGAGGCCCUUGAGAUUACCCAUUACUCAUUGCGAAGUGUUUACCAUGCUUGCUUCAGGAUUUCCUCACCAUGCUUGUCCGGGAGACAACCGACAUCAUCUAUCUUAUUUCAAAUACUCAAAUAAUUGUUACUUGUUAAAAGUUACUAUACAAGCGUGUAUUUGUAAGCCAGUGUUAAAUGUGUCACGUGUUUUUCAAAUAGCAUGGGUACGGUGACAGUUGCCUGUAUGAAGUUCAUAAUACGUACUAGUAUCGUGAAUCGCGGCAUACUUUCAAGAGUGAAACGAACUAUCACCCGCACCAUGCUACAUGAAACGAACUGUAACUGUCUUUUAUGUGCGGUAUUACGUAGAUAGUACAAUUUGUAUUAUAUAACUUACCUCACAUUAAACAUAGGUAUGUUUAUAAAUAUUAGGUACUGCUAUUGUAAUUGUUAAGUAGAUUUAUCUAAUGUAAAACCACUUUGUAAUUAAUCAUAUUUAAAUAUUUAAGCAAUGAAAAACAGGUAAUGUUGUUACUAAUUACUGCUUAGGUGGCACACAUCAAUACUGAGCCAAAAGUAAUAUAAAUUGUUCUUUACUGAUUACGUUGAUUGAUACUUUACUGAUUAUUCCAGUAUUACUUAGUAAGUUCACCUCAGAAUUUGAGAUACCUACCCAUAUAUUAUAUUUGUAUAAACUUGUAUUUUGUCCGCCCUCUAACUUGAAAAAGAUAGUUUUUAUAUGUUAUAAAAAAAAUUAGAAAACAAAAUUUGUAGGGAAUUUAAUUUUUUGCAAUAUUGAUAUUGAUAAAUAAAUAGCGAAAUAUCCAUAGUAAAUGAAAUAUUUGUAAAACUAUUUUUGUGACCUUUCUCCUCAAAAAUAGACACGGACACCUGACCAUUUUUUUUAUGCAUAUAGUCUCGGGCGUGUCCCAUCUUAUAGAUCAUGGUCGAACCAUGAUCUAUAAGAUGGGACACGCUUGCCUAAAAGGUACCUAUUCACUCUUAGUUUAAAGGUUUUCAAAGCCAUAGGUUCGAAGGUUUUAAGAACCAUAGGUUUUGACACAAGUUUUAGAAUGCCAAAAUACAAAUAUUCAGCUGGGUACCUCAAAUUCCGAGUUUCUUAUCCAAUUUUUACUAAGUUGACUGGAUCAGUGAGGUAUGUCCGACCAUCGCAGGUCUAUAGAUAAGUUGAUAAUAGUGCAUCUUUUUCCAUUGCCAUUGUUGUAAAAAGAUGGCGCUAGCAAUUCGUUUUGACUUGGAGUCAACUCUCCAAAUUCAUCGAUUCAUUAUUGCUAAAUUGUUGCUAACAAUAAGGUGUUUCCAAAAUAAAACUUAUCGUAUGUAUUAACUUACCUAUACCUAAUUUAGUUUUGCUUAGGCUUUGCCUACAACAGUCCGCGUAAUGCGUAAUCAACAAGGUACUUAAAAUUUUUAAUAAAUAAAAACAGCACAAUACUU